CAAGGUAAGGCAUCAUUAGCGAUUCCGAACUAGUUAAGUCAAAUUCGAAGCAUUCAACAGCACUCAGGAACCAUGAAAUCCUUCGUGAUAUUUUCAAUUGUACUCGUUGGGAUGACCGCUGUACUGGCGGACCGUCCCAAAUCGGAAACUGUCAUCUCCACCGUGAAAACCCUUCGUCCACGGUACCGUGAGAUCCAGGACUUUGUCAUUCACACUCUGUCCGAUGCCCGUUUGAGCAGUUCUGAGAAACUGAACGUGUUCCACGAGGAUGUCCUAAUCGUGAAGGAAACGUUCGUGCUGGAUGCCAUCAAGAAGGAGAACAAGCUUCUUUACCAGAUCAACAACCAACCCGCAUCGGUCAACAGUGGCUGUCUUGACUUUGUCAGAUCCCUUGCCGACAGUGUUAUGAACCUUGCUGGAACCGCAUACUCCGGGUGCAUUUCCGAUGCCAACACCGCUCUAACGGCCGAGAUCAGCAAGUUUUACGCAGCCAUGCAGAAGGACGAGUCCGACUACCUGGGAAUUGGACUGUUGAACGUGUUCAAGGAUGAGAACAUCUUCUACAACCCCGAUAGCAUUCUGUCCAAGCUGUCUUCCAAGUCUGGCGAGCUGGAGCAGUACCCAACGUCCCUGUACGAUGAAGUGAACGCGUGGGUUUCCCAGCUGGGCGUCACCAUGGACAACCUGGAGCGAUCGUACAUUACGUGCAUGACCGACGGUGAGCAGCGUCUGAAGAUCGGUAUGGAGCUGGCCCACGACAACAUGAUGGCGACCUGCAAAGCCGUGGAGGUUCCAUCUGCGCCGGAAUCGUUGCCCGGACAGAUUUCGCCCGAACAAUCCAUCCCAGAGGACUACAAGCAGUACCAGCAGGACUACCCAGUGGCAUCGAUCCCGCAAGCGCCGGUGUUCCGCGGAACUCCCGUGGCUGAACCAUCGGAUUUUCUGAGAAUGUUCCGCGAACGAUUUGGUCUGUAAGUUAGUUGGCUAGACAACUGAACGAAUAACUUCCAUGAAUACAGCAGUGUUUUGAGCAAAUUAGAAUAUAUUUUCUCAUGAGUCAUUUAUUUAUCUGUUUUCCCGAUAUUAUCUAAAGCUAAGUUAAAUAAAUUGUAAUCUUCGUCGAAGAUAAAAAGUAC